CGUCAUACUUGUGUAAAUGCAAGUACGCCAGUGGAAAUGCUUUAGUACCGGUACUUGGGGAAAGAGAUUAUUCAGAUGGAUCGACUAGGAUUUUGAAAAGCUCGCCCGCAAAGAGAGAUAGCGACGGAUGCAAACCUUUUGCAAAACGCUUUCUCCGCUUACGCUGACAAUUUUUCUCACCCCGAGCACUCAGGUACCUGUACCCCAUAUUUCCCCAAUCCCACCUUUUCCGCUUAGUCUACCCCCCUGCAGCUGUGCUGGCGCCCUUAGCUGGGCCGUGGGAAACGACUGUAUUUCACCCACUUAAACUCACCACUUCACGGUGCCCCCGGCAACACCAACCCACCACCUAUAGUCAAGGAGAGAAACUGAAGAAGCUUAAGGAAACGGGGAACAAUCAGAAAGCGAACAUCAUGGACUCGAAUGAGGAGGAGGGAAGGGGGGAACGUGAAUCGAACUUUUCGAAGCCCCCUCUGCCGUCGUCAACUGUGCAGCCACCCAGGGAGAUUUCUCACCCCUGGGUCGCAGUGCCUGAGCCUUAUAGGGAUCGGUUCGGGAGAGAUGGGGAUGGAGAUGGGAGUGAAGGGGGCGGUAGUGGAGAUAGGGCUAGGUCUAAGGAGAUGGGGGAGAAAGGUCCUGCUGGUAGAGCUACCGACACGACUGGUACGAAAGGGAUACUUGGCGCCGCAGCGGGACUUUGGUCAGGAGACAUUGGUGUCAACGUCGGCGGCAUGGGAAGUCCUCUCAUACCUGAAGCGAAGGAGCGCACGACUGUCGAGCUCCAGCCGGAGGAGAUUGGAGGGGUCGGAAUUGGAACGAGUGCUGAGAGAGAUGGGGCCAUUCGGGACUCGGGGGUUUCAGACAAAAAUGGGAGGGAGGCCGAAGCCGUGGAAGCGGAGGGUGGGGUGGAAGGACCGACGGAGACCGGAGAGAUUUUGGAGUAUAGUGGAGGGGUUAAGGGAGCUCCAAAGGCCGACGAAGGGGAGGCAAAACUUUCAGCUCGGGUACUGGAUCGAGAGCACAAUACAAGAGGCCGAUAUUCUGCUCUUUCACCUCGGCAUCUUCCCGAGAUUAAGGAAACCUCACCCAGCGACAUGGCGCGCGAGGCCAGCAGCACUGACCUCAAGUCCAUAGAUAUCGGGCACAAUGGUGGAGCAACUGAAGGCCAUGACAGAGCGAUCAACAGCAAACAGCACGACAAACCACCGGCAAAAAGAGUUUCAUUUGCUCCUGAGCCAUCGGAAUCGAGCUCACGAGAGGGAUCAACUGGCCCACAGGACAAAGAACUCGAGAAGAUCCCCGACGUCUCCGCAGAACCUGGAUAUAAUCUUGAAAGAUCUAAAGGCCACGACAUACCAACUGAUGAUAAGCGACAUGGCCAGCCCACAGGAAUUAAAUUCCAACUGGCCCAGAAGUCUGGAGAAAACUCCGGGACAAAAGAGCUCUGGAAAGUUUCUGACAACCUGGGAGAAUCCGGGUCUAUUAAGGACCAGGACAGAACUAUUCAUGAGAAACAGAACCAGCCCGUAGGGAAGUCACCAAGCCCUACUCAAAAAUCCAGGCUAAAUCCUGAGACUGAGGAGCUUGAGAAGAUCGCUGAUGUAGUUGGGGAGUUUGGAUAUAAUAUUGGUAUAACCGAGGGCCACGAUAGAGCUAUUGAUAAUAGGAACCAUGACAAACCCGCGUCAAAUAAUGCCCAUGCGCCGGGCGGCCUAGCCUCGGAAAAUCAGCUUCCGUAUGUAGGGGUAGAAAGUACUUCUAAGCCACCAGAACUAGGAAACAUAACUAUCGAGAGUGGCGAAUUUAGAUAUAACGUUGGAGGCCAGUCCAGCUUCGAUCCGGGCAGACACAAGACUCAUGGAGCGGAUGCUCGAGGAUUGGGCGCAGGUGCAGAGACUAGCGAGUGUCAGAGGUCAGAUGAUACAAGCGGGAAAACACCAGCUGCAAACGGAACUGCUGAAUCUCGGGAAUUGGGCAAUUUUACCAUAGAAACGGGUGACUUCGGUUACAACGUUGGCGGAUUACCUAGUUCACAUCCCGACAGACACAGGACACACCGGCGGCGCCCUUCGAGGCCAUUUCAGGGCGGAGAUGGCACGAGGCCAGAAGUAGAAGAGCUGGGCCGAAUUACCAUGAAAAGUGGCGAGUUUCGGUACCCUAGUUCUCAUCCCGACAGACAUCGACGGUAUUCCCACGGGGAUCUACAAGACCAAGCUGACCAGAAGACAUCCAAAAGCCGCUGGUUAGAUCAAACAAAACCUAGAAAUAGUGAAUUCGGUUCUAGCAUCGGUGGCCUUGAACACCGCCAACGUGGGAAGGAAGAGGAAAAUCCCACUGCAUCAGGGAGCAUGCAUCGCAAUGAGCAGCCCGCCAAUAGGGACCCUAGCCGCACGUCUAGUAUUCGAGAUAGCGUACGCCACGGGCACCCCGACAAAGGGGACAACUGCUUCACGCACACAAAAGAAACCCAGCAACAACCACUCCUCUCCGUAUGCUCCCCCGGCGGCACGACCACCGCCGAAGUAAUAGCACCCGAAAACCCCUCUACUCCACCCGGCCAACAAUCCCAGACAAUCACAACCCACCCACAUCCCAAGGAAGUGAGGAGUAGAGAGGGGGGUAUGAGGAGGAUACUAGUGUGGGGAGUCCUUGGGGUUGGGGUUAUCAUAGCGUUGGGAUUCGCAGCGUUGCGGGGAGGGUUCAAGCACCCUGUUAUUGGAUUUGGACUCGGAGAGGGAGUGGGUUGGUCAGAUAAGCUUGCGGGGUGGCUGUUCAAGGAGGGAAAGAAGGGGCCGUCUUGAGGGGUGUGGAUUGCUUUGUUUCGUAAUCGGCGGAGGUUUUUGUUGGCGUCUCUUUUUCCUACCGUUUAUUUUGUUAUUUUCUACCGAUGGACUUCAUUGAUUCUUACGUUUAAUUAUGCUACACAUACCACCACUCACUAUGUCUGUCGUUUGCCAUGUAAUCUAGCGAGAACAUUCAAGGGUUAGCGCAAUACUAUGCAUUGGAAUAAGAAUGAACACCGAAAGGUUUAGUCCGGUUAUACAGAGUUA